CGCCAUUCCAAUUGCGCCUCCGGUUCUAGCCUUGCCUGUGCCUGGAGGGGCUCAAGUCCCCGCUUCAAAUCAAGUCGUUCCUACGACUGGUCUUGUUGCUACUAGCUAUGGUUAUCAGCCACGGCCUCGGAACAACUGGUGGAAAGAAAACCAGGAAAGGAUGGAUAAGGUUUACAAUAAAUUUAUACGGGACGAAGAAAGUGAAAAGAAACGCAAGGAGCAAGAGGAGAUAGAGAAGAAGAAAAAGGAGGAGGAUGAGAAACGGAAUGAGUGGAAGAAAGAAAGGGAGCAGUUGGAAGCCGAAAUGGCUAGUCGCCUGAAUAAGCGUUUUGAAGAAUUUGGGUUAAAAAAGAAAGAACAACAUAUCGAAGUAAGGCAGUUUGAUGAGAUUGCGCGUUUAAAACGGGAGAAUGAGGAGUUGCUUAGGAGAAUCAACGGAAAUGGUAACAACUGUGGUGAUGAGGUGAUACGUCUUCGGCGGGAGAGUGAUGAGCUGAGAAGGAAAAUGAAUGGAGAAGGGAGUAGCUGUGGUAAUGAGGGUGUUGUUGCACGACUUCAGGAAGAGAUUUAUGACUUGCGGAAGGCAAUUGGGAGUAAGCAGUUGGACAACGAUGAGAUUUUCGCCCUCAAGCAAGAGAUAGGUGAACUCAAGCAGUCUGCCUACAUGAAGACAAAUUUUGAACAGGAGAUUGCCGGGUCGCGAAAGAAGAUCGAUGUGCUUCGUAAGCAGAACGAGAAGGCGAUGGACGAGACAAGAUUAUGGAAGGAUGAGGCCUUGAGGCCAGGUAAUAAACGAGGGAGUGUUGUAGUCAACACACCAGGAUUGCCGAAUAGAGGUACUCCCAAGCCAAGGUGGACUGACAACAUGAAAGACAACGAGCGAUGGAAGGAGGAGUAUAAGAAGCUUCAAAGCUUACAUCGGAUUGCAAAUGUUGAGGCGGAACUAUUAAAGGAGAAAAGAGUUCAAGCGGAAAGUAAGCGGAUGGAGGCCGAAAAGCAAGUUAAAGAGCUGGAAGAAAAGAUGAGCCGGUUGAAUUUGGCUGGUGAUGGAGAACGAGCUAAGGAAGGUGGCACUAAUCUUAAGGAGAAACUAGAAGCAUCAACGAUUGGUUCAGCAAGACGUGGGCACAAAGUGACACCUGGGAGGAGUGUCACUGUGGGGGAUAAGGCGACGACGCUUGCUGACGAUGUGAAUAACCGUUUUCUGUUCGUGGAGGAGCAGAAGAAGAACUUGCGGAACCUGAAGAAAUCUGGUUUGGAACCAAUGUGUAAAGAGGCGGGGAUUCGUACUGGCAAGGUCGAACAAAUGGUAUGUGAGUUAGCGGAAUUCCGUGCCGAGCAGGCUUUUGGUCUUAUGAGAGCAAAAGAUGGGACGACGAAGGGCAAGCAGCCUAUCUACGAUGUUGAUGACGACUCUGAGCAGAAGGAAAGCAACAGUCAAGAGGAGGGGGAUGCGAGAUCUGUGGAGCUCUGAGGUGAGUCCCCGAGCGUGGCUAAACUAUGGUGGCUGCUGAAUGAAUGUCGGACGAAGCG